UCAGUCGCGCGCGCGUGCCGUGCGGUUGUUCCACGCGGGGAUGAAUGGCACGAUUUUCAAAGCUCGUCGUCGUCGUUCCCCCUCAUUUUACCCGGAGGAAUUGUUGAGGGAUGUGAUCUCGUUAUAUGGGCUCUAAUCUCAAAGUUCACUCCAGCGAUUCCCUCCGCGCUGCUCUGAAGCACGAAUGGCAAACGUGAAAGUCGCGGUUCGAGUCCGCCCGUUAAACUCAAGGGAGUGUGUGGAUGGAGGGAGGAUAGCUGUACAGGUGGAGGACAAAGUGGUGAGAGUGAGAAAUGUGAAGUUGGAUGGGCGUCUGGAUGGGCGAGUGGAGGCUCCAGGUGACUCCAGAGAGCGGCUGCUGGAGUUUGGUUUUGAUUACUGUUACUGGUCUGUGAACCCUGAGGCACCCAACUAUGCCUCACAAGAGGAGGUGUUCCACGACCUGGGUGUGUCAGUGCUGGCUGGGGCAGCUGAAGGCUACAACAUCUGUCUGUUUGCAUAUGGGCAGACAGGCUCAGGGAAGACCUACACCAUGAUGGGCACUCCAGACUCUACUGGACUGACACCUCGGAUCUGUCAGGGGCUUUUCCAAUCAUCUGAUAUGGACUCUCCAGAUGGGCAGAACUGCAGGGUUGAAAUUAGCUUUUUAGAGAUCUAUAAUGAGCGUGUGCGUGAUCUCCUGAGAGGGAAUGACCAGAAGAAGCCGACCCCACUACGUGUGAGGGAGCACCCAGAGAAGGGCCCAUAUGUGCAGGGUCUGUCUCAGCAUGUAGUGUCAGACUACAAGCAGGCGGAACAUCUGCUGAAGGAGGGCAUCUCUAACCGCAUCACAGCAGCCACACAUGUUCAUGAUGCCAGCAGCCGGUCACACGCCAUCUUCAGCAUCCAGUACACGCAGGCUAUUUUAGAGAAUAACCUUCCAUCCGAAAUAGUCAGCAAGAUCAACCUGGUGGACCUGGCUGGCAGUGAGAGAGCAGACCCCCACUACUGCAGAGACCGAAUCACAGAAGGAGCCAACAUCAACAAGUCACUGGUGACUCUGGGCAUUGUUAUCUCAGCCCUCGCCCAGAACUCUCAAAUGUGCAGCAGCAGUCAGAGCAUUAACAGCAUGCUGAGUGAGGGGGAUGGCAGUACUGUGGGAAGUCACUCCAGCUCGCUGUCCAGCAGUGGUCGCAGGCACUGCUUCAUCCCCUACAGAGACUCUGUUCUCACCUGGCUGCUUAAAGACAGCCUGGGUGGCAACUCCAAAACCAUCAUGAUAGCAACAAUAUCCCCGUCUUAUAGCAGCUAUAAUGAAACUCUCAGCACCCUGCGCUAUGCAGCUCAUGCUAGGAACAUUGUCAACAAGCCAAGAGUGAAUGAGGAUGCUAAUGUGAGGCUGAUCAGGGACCUUCGGGAGGAGAUUGAUCGGCUGAAGAGCAUGCUGCUGAACUUCUCAAUGCAGAGAAACCCAAGCCCGUCGCUGAGCGAUGAGAGAGAUGGCAGCUUUUCUGAUAUAGUCCUGCAGAAUGAAAUAAAGGUGGAGCAGCUGACUAAAGAUUGGUCAGACAGUUGGCGUCAUAAGUGGUCAUUGCUGGAGGAGUACAGUGUGGAUAUAAAUGAGAACAGAGCAGGAGUUCAGAUCCAUUCUCUGCUGCCACAUCUCAUCUCCUUGGAGCCAGAUGUCCUUAGUACAGGAGUCACUAUCUACCACCUACGGAUUACCUGCCUGUGGAGGGAAGGGGUCACCAGAAUUGGACCUCAGCACCAGAAUGAGGAGGUACCUCAUAUAGUCCUGUCAGAGGGUUCAGCAUGUGAAAUUGAGAAUCAGAAUGGAGUGGUGACCCUCAGACCCCUCCCACACAGCAUCUGCAUGAUCAACGACAGAGAGGUCACUGAAACCUGUAGACUUGCACAAGGUGCAGUGAUAACAGUAGGAGUGCUCAAGUUCAGGUUCAAUCAUCCUGCAGAGGCAGCUGUGCUGAGAGAGAGGAGACGGACCAGUGAAGCAGGCUUACUUUGUGACUCCUCCUUCAGCACUUUCUCAAGGACGGCGGAAGCUGGUGGUCUGGACCUUAGUGACAGCCCGGCUGACAGACAGCGGCUGGAAGAGCAGCAGCGUUACGUGGAGUGUCUGUGGGAAAAGAUCCAGGUGGAGCAGAGACGAGCUGAGAAAGACCUCGAAAAAGAACAGGCUCAUCUUCGCCAGCAGCACAGUGAGAUUCAGCAGUGGAUCUUGCAAGAAAAGGAACGUCUUACUGCCAUCAGGGAGAGGGGAACACUGGAGUCAGGAGUGCAGACAGAUGUCGUUCCGCUGUCUGUACUAGCAGGUGGUAAUCGGAAAGUUCUAGUUGAGGGUGAUGCAGAAACAGUGGGUCCAUCACUGAUCGUGGGAGUUGGGAAACAGGUGGUGCAAGAGGAGCUCCUGAAGCACCAUGCGCUUCGGAGAGCCGAGAAUCGCAUCCGCCGCAAAAGGCUGCACUACCAGCUGGAGAGAAUUGCUCGUAAGAGACACCUUUUGGAGGCAAAGCGAGAACUUCAGAGGCUAGAGAACACCCUUUCAUUUAGAGUGGAUGGACCCUCAUCCCCCGAGUUAGGGUCCCCCUCGAAGUGCAGAGGACAUCCAUUGGCCUUACGAAGGCAUUCGUUUUCUGCCGAACUUUUGUCUCGACUUUACCCUCAGCAUACACCCAUUUUUAGACAGUUUCUGAGGAGGAACAGAUCAUCUGAAUCCACAUCAUCUCUCUCUGAGUUUACCUGUCCUAGGAAAUGGGUGUCUGAUGAAUGUCUACCUGAUCAAAAGACUAGAGGCCGCUCCAACACUAUGCCCUCAAGAUAUAGUCAAGGGACCUCAAGCAUGAUUGAUUCCUCUGAGAACCUCAAAACCUUACCAAAAGAUGAUGGACCAUCUGGUGGAAUGAUUGAGAGAAAAACACUUGCGUCUAAUCCUGAAUCAUCAGUUUGGAAUCCUUCAGGAAAUCAUAAUGCAUCCUCACAGUCUGUACUGGAUUCAAAUAACUGUGACACAAAAAAGGUACUGCCAAUAAUAAAACAAUCAAGUACACAGAAAAGCUUAGCCAAGGGUGGAAAGACUUUUGCCCAUGGUAGAAGUAAGGGCUUAGAGACAAUACGCAAAGUGCUUUCUCGAUCUGUUGGCUCUGGGAUAAAAACAGCCUUAUCAAGGGUGUUCCGGAAGCCUCCUUUAGGAUUGCGUGGUGGCCGAGGUGCCAAGUCUUCUAACAGAGCAAAAGCUCUGUUUGUUGGGGAAGGAAACAAAGAUAACAUUGUUGGAAACAUGGAGACAAAGCAACAAAAGUGCUUUAUUAAAACAACAGUGUCUUGUGAAGGUUUGGAGCAUCUUACCUCAAUAAAAGACAAGACACAGAAGCAGAGGCGCUGGCACAGUGUCGAGGCUCUGACCAAUAAAACCAAAAAAUGGGUCAGGAUGCAGCAGGAGCUGACUGGAUGUGUAGAAAAUGAUGAUGAGGAGAUUGAUGGCUCUUCAGAUUGUGACAGCCUUUUCUCAGUGGACUCGCUCUCAUCAGCUUAUGCCAUAGCUUUGGCAGAGCAGCUUCAGCAGGAAGAGUAUGAACCAAGCGAGGCAGAAAGUGAGGACAGUCAGAUGUCUAAGGAUUCUCUUGUCAUGGAGAGUAGUCAGAAACAAAUUACUGCAAAGCCCACACAGAAGGCUAGUUACUCUCUAAGUCAUAGUUUCCAUCCCUCAUCCAGCCUUCAAUCAACAAUAGCUAAAGAAAAAGUACAGAAAUCCAAAGACAUGCCUGCAGAGGUUUUCUGGAAAAUAAAUGGUAAUCCUAAGCCUGAAAGACAAAAGGAGUCUCAAGCAGUUAAUGAGUCUUCACACAUCUCUGAGCUAGUGUUUGAGUCCAGACCUUCAAGUAAUGCCAGCGUAAAAGAACCAGAGAAUUUACUUGCGCUUACUGAUGCGUGGUCUUCCACUGAUGCGGCAGAUAGUCCCCGAAGCCUCAGAGUCUCAGAGGAUUUGUUGAAACGAGCACUACACAAGCCUGCGGAAAGCAAUAGCAGGCAAAGUACAACUAGCCUGGAUCAGUCUAUUACAGUGAAUGAGUCUGAAGGUCAAAGAUCACCUCACUCUGAUUCCACAGAGGGUGAAACACUUGAGGAACAAAGUCAGGCAUCUUCUGACAUGGAAACAAACUUGGAUUCUUUUUGGAGUGAUCCCACUUCAACACUAUGUUCCACACAUGAGAACACCUUAUUGCAUGAGAGCAGUGGGCUGUUGAGUAAUUGUAAAACACAGUGCACAGAUGACCCUUGCACCAUUGAGAAGUAUAUAUACAAACUGUAUACAAGUGCCUCUACAAACAUUCAUGGAAAGGAUGCAUCUAGUUCUAACAGUGAAGUUCCACCAGAAUCAGAAGCACUGGAUGGUUAUGAUGCUAAUGUGGUCAAUGCUUAUUCCAAAGAUAGAGAGGUCAUGCCAGGCUCUUCAGGAUGCUGUACAACGAAUCAGACUCUCUUGUAUAAGGAACGUAUUGUUUCAGGUAGUGAGAGUUUAUUAACGAAAAAAUGUGCAACACAAGAGCACUUUACAGCGUUACAAGGAACACAAUGUGCCGAAAGAGUUGAUGCUGUUGAGCUUGCAAGCAGCCCUUCCAGCAGCAUUAAUUGUGCCUUGAAACAGAGUGAACAUGACACAUCUUUAGAGGUUUUCCACUGUGAUGGUGCUUCCCAAUCUCCAUCUGUUAGAAAAAUUGAUAGUAACCAAUCCUUCAUAACUUCAACUGAGGAACUCCAGCACUCAGUAAUGCAGAGGUCAGAAAUACACAAUGAAAUUUCAUGUGAAUCUCAAAGAGUUGAGCAUUUGUAUAACCAUAUAGAAAAAGCUGUGGGUGAUGACAAAGCCUUGCAGCAUCAAGAAUUGAGUGAUUUUCCCUUAACAGCAAACUGUACAGAGAUCUAUGUUACAAGAGAUACAAAAGACUGCUCUUCUGAAAUGAACAUAAGGUCAGAGAAUUACAGUGAAGAAGUUGAUGGGUCCAAACACUGUUUUGUUAAGCUGGAUCAUGAAGCUGUUGAUGUGUCAUGUAAGCGCACAGGAAAAACAAGCAAAAAUUCUGAUGAUGUAACAACAAACAAUUUAAAUAUUCAACAGACAUGUUGUGUAGGAACCUUUGCUCCAAGUGACUCAGCUGUUAUAGAGGAAUAUGAGGCAAUGAAGGUUGACAGUUUUAGUAUCGGCAGAGACACAACAGUAAAACUGUCAUCAAAAGAAAAGAUGUCUGUCAGUUUAUCCAGUGCCUGUGAAAGGGCAGACUUACAGCAAGAUUCCAAAGUACCAUCUCUGGACAGAAACACUGUAAAACAAAACAACAGUAAAUGUGCUCUUAGACCUGCAUUUAUAGCCCCUGAACAAAAGAAAUCAUCCAGCUAUCUUGUGAAUGAAAAUGACAUUAGGAUGGAUGAGUUAAAAUAUGAUGCAGCCCGUGUUGUUGAGGUUACUGACAAAGGAAUGUUUGAUGACAGAAAGUGUGGAAAAAUUGACCCUACGAUAGAGGAGAAGAUAUCAGAAGUUGUGAAAGAACACCUCAACAUGUCUCUGACUGUGGACAGAGGUGAAGAGGGUAAUGGUGAACCAGAGACAGUUAGCAAAAGAUCCCCAGCAACUAGCAUCGUUGACGUUAACGUUCAUGAAGCUACAUUGGAAGGUUCAAAAACAGGAACUUGCAAAAGCCAGAUAUUUCCAUUUAUGUCUCCUAAUGAUGAUAGCAAGCAAAGUUGCAGUCUCCAAGGGAAAUAUUUUCUCAAAUGUUCUCCAAUGGAGAAAGAAACUAUAUUACACCACCCAGAGAGUGGACUCAUUAGUAAUUACCCUUCUCAGUCAGUAGAGGAUUGUACUGUAGACUCCAAUGUCCUGCAUUCUGAACUAGAUAACAAUCUUUAUUCUUUAAAUAUUGGCUAUCAGGAUGGUAUAGUUGAUAAAUUGGUCAUUGAAAGCUGCACACCCAGUCAGAUGACAGUGAUGUCUGCUUAUAUACAGCCCUCAUAUACGUGUACCAAAGUCACUCCAAGUCCUGAAUAUGUCACCUGUCCUAACACUGCAAAAGCUAAAGAAGCUGAUCACUGUGUGCUGCGGAAAUUAAAUCCUACAUCUAUCCAAAACGCAUGUGAUAAUUCCAUUCUUGCAAGUACCUCUGUAAGGAUCAAAAGCUGUGAAGUUGGUCUGCCAACUUGGUCAUGUCUCCCUCUUGUAGGAAGCAACUUUUCAGAGGUCUCAAGUUCACCAAAAGAAAGUUGUGUUCUUCAGGUCUUGCAUCCUGUGGAGUACUGCAUUGCUUCAGAAAUGCACAAUGAGGUUGCUAACAGUGAAUCUGUUAGCAAAGGAAAUAUGACUUCUGAAUUUAAGCAGGAUAUAGAAGUCAGUACUGUCUCAAAGAGUCAGGAGAAUGAAUGUUCGUUUAAAUCAGCUGAAAAUGUUCAGGCCACUGGUUCUAGGCCAUUUAACAAUUUAGCAUGUGAAAGAUCUUCUCCCUUGGAAAGAAGUGGAAAUGAUCAUAUUUGCAACACCCGAAAUCGGCUUCAUGGUGAGCAGGGCACAGACACUUCCUGUAACAUUAUUACUAGAGAUGGUAGUGAUAACAAACCAGUGGGGCUCAUUAACAACACUUGUUCUGGAGAACUAAAUAAAGAGAACAAUAUUUUUAAUUCAAGCCAGGCACUUUUGAAAUCCUGUACUUCAUCACAGCCUAGCAGUGAUGAUCAAACGUACCAAAUAACCCAAAGAGUCAUGAAUGGAGCUUAUAACAGUUUUCGACCAGAAGAUCAGUCAGUAUGUGGAGUUGAGCACAAGAAUUAUAAAACCAAUACUCUGGGACAAUCUGUGGAUAUUCAAGGUGCAGAGACACUAAAACCUGCAAACCAAGUGCAAGCUCAAGAGUCAACCAUCUGUGUUGACUUUGCAGUUUGGUCAGAAGGAAGAAACCAGACAGAAAGGAGAGAGGCAAAUAAACCUGACCUCAGAUUUUCAACUACGUCUGAGAAAACCAGGCCACUAAAUAUAACCCCAAAAGAACAUCAACAUAAACCUGAAUCCACUGAAAAGGCUACUGGAGUGGAAGAUCAUGCAAGAGUAGCUGGUGCAAGAUUGAAUCAUUGCAGCCAUAAUGAUGACCGACAGAGAUUAAAGACAAAAAAGUACAGAAGAGCCCAUUUUAGAGCCCCUCUGAGUUCAUCUACAGACUCUGCUGAUUCAUCCUUUGAUGAGAUUCCCAAAACCAGAGUCCAUCACUGUAGCACAGUCACUCGAGCUAAACCUAGCACAGCUGCUCUUGGAAGACCAAAUAUGAUUACUCAGAGUAGAGCAGGGAAUGUUGUACCUGAUGAACCACAUACAUCUUUAUCUUCAGUUAUUGGUCCUAGAGCAAUAGAAAACCACUGUCUGGAUGCUAGCAGUGGUGAAGAAGUCACCACAGAUAUAGCGGAGAAGGAGAGUCAUCCCAGACAGAGACAAUCACAUCUCACUGCUGAAAUUUCAAAUUCAAAUAGUCUGUUAAAGGAUGAAACUGUCAGUGUAAUCAGGAGCAGCUGUUCUAAACAGAUUUCACAUGAACAUACACCAGGAAGAACACAGCUGGAUAAGACUGAUCCUAUGCGAGAACCUACGCUGCAUUUUGCUUCAAGUGACAUCAACCCCUUUAUUCAUGCAAUUAAGAGUGAUGAGUUGCUGAAAGCUGUGAACAGACAUCAAGCCUUUGGAAGUGCUGUCAAUAUUUCCAGCCAGCUGUCUCAGAUAGAAGACUGUGACAAGCAUAUAACUAGAUGUUGCAGUGUGGACAAUGGCCUGAAUAUCCAGAACUCUCCUUUUAAUUCUCAUUUGAGCACUUAUGCAAACCACAAAGGGCUUUCUAGCACGUUAAGCAGUGUUGAAGAUUCCAGCCAGCAUAUUUCCACAGAGUCCCAGCUGAAGGAAGUCUGUCAUACCUUGGUUUCUAGUGAUAAGACAUUAGCAGCUUCAAGCAGUGACUGUUACAAUGAUACCUCAGACUUGGGCCACAGCUCAGGCCAAGUUGAUGAAAUAGUUCUAGUCUACUCUUCUGAACAUGAAACUCAAGAGAGAUCAAGGAAAUGUGACCAUGGCACACAGACAAUCAUGUUUGAUGAGGACCUAAAGAAGAAAAGUAGACACAGGAGGAGCAACACCCAGGUUCCUGUGUCCAGACAGGCACAUGGAACAUCCACCACAUGGGCAAGUCUUCAGAAUAUGUCUGAACAUCUCUCUGAGUUGAUUCUCAAUACAUCUGACCUUCUGGGGAACAUUCAGUGUAUGAGAACAGUGGAUAGGGAUCUGAAAUGUGAGCAUCCACUAAAAACCUGUAGUAAAGUUUUAAAGGUUUACUCUGAUGGACAUUGUAAGAGAGAUGGUUCCACCCAAACCGCUGUAGAUAUUGGGAUCCAGACUGACGCUCCAUUUCUUAUGAAACAGAGCAAAGUUAGCCCCGAAAGCCCGUCUGUACAGAAUCCCAAGGCUCAUGAAGUUAAUGUAAUUGUCAAAGUGAUUGGCUCAGACAUUUCCAAUGAUUCAAACCAGGCCAGAAUCAAAUGCAUUAGAGAUCAAUAUGAAAACAGACAGAGCUUUGAAAUUAUUAAAAGUAUGCCUGACCUGCGUCACAACACCUCACCUCUCUCUGAGCAGCUGAAUAGAAUGUUAGAAGUUUCGGCUUCAAAAGUCCUCUCUCUAGAGACCGUUGUACCAAAUCAGAACUUUCUUGACCCCAAGACCUUAACUGAUACCAAUGUAGACCGUGCACCUAUUAGGCAGUCUUCCAAUUGCUUUGGAGAUGCUCACAGCAAAUGCACUUCUGAUAUGUUGGCAAGGGACAAUCAGGCACAUCAGAUGAGACUGAAGACAAAGAAUUGCCCUGACAAACAGGUAUUAUUUAUGGACCGUGCCUCUUCACCUAUUCUCACUGUGGAUGUGUUGAAUCGCUCCCAGAAUGGGAAGGCAAAAUCUGCUCAGUCCUCGUCACACCACAAGCCAACUAAAAUGCACAGCCCCAUUGAGCAACAAGUUUCAAGGUCCUUCAAAAAUCCGCUUGAAAGAAAACAAAUGUAUACUGCUGAAAUUAAAGCACUGGCUCAAAGUACCAGUUCUUAUACAUAUCAGAAUGAAAAGGUUUGUCAAAACCAAUCAGUUUCAUCUGUGUCUCUUGAAAACUUUAGUGACCUUAAUUUUACAAAUGGAAAUGGAUCUGAUGUGUACUCUGAGAUCAUACCUUUAUCUGGCAGAUGCAUUCAGAAUGGUGGAAAGAAGCUUAUUCAAGGAGUUCACGUGCAAGGACUGAGUCAGUCUGUUUUACAUAGUCCUAUAUCUUCAUGCACUUCCUCAGAUAAACACAGGCAGCAUGAAGAUAGAAGACAAAAUAUAUCUCAAUCCUCCACACCCAUCAAUCAAAAGUAUAGAAGCAGCAUGCUAAAACAUAACCUCAGACUUUCUCAAGAUCCGGUGAAGUGCUGGAGUGAUCGGAGUAAAAGGCAUUUUCAGUACCAAGAGGAAGAUGUGGCGUCACUGGCUCCAAGUGAGUGCAAUACGGAUAUCCUGGUCAGCAUAGACCCUCUCGUUGAAACCAGUCCUCUCAAAGAGGACCAGUGGGUCCCAGAAGACCUGCCAGUGCACAACAAGUUUACCAAUUGGUCAGGCAUCAACCAACAGUCACCAGCAAGGCUCAGUAAUGACUGCAAUCCAAGUAUGGACAAAUCUCCAGAAAGCAGUCAACCCUAUUCAGCAGAGUCUAGACAUAAACCACAGUCCUUGGAAGGGCCUAAAAGAAAGACAAGGGAAAUUGAGAGGCUACGAAAAGAACGGGAGCAGGUACUUGCUUCUGUGCGCCUGGACAUGAGUCCUCAACAAUUGAGUGUCGAGCUUACAGAAGCCAAGUUACAUUAUGGCCUGGGGCAGACAGAUACUCUUCUAAAGAUGCUGCAGUCCAGCCCCAGAGAGGAGUCUGCCAUCUCUGCCAAACAGCAGCUCUAUGAUAGGCACAGGAGGAGUAUUGAUGGUUUGAGGAAGGAGAGAGAAGCUCGUCUACAAAGCUGCCGCCGGGCUCGAAGCCUUAGCCCCAGCAAGCACCCUAACUCAUCAAGUCACGAGACAGAGAAGUCUCAAAGACCCUCAGAUCUGCCAAGUCGACGGAGAGAAUAUCUGCAGCAGCUCCGCCAAGAAGUAGUGCAGAUGAGCAGAGUUCCUGAUCCACCAAGAAGGGAAGGUCAGUGUCCUUCUGAUAUUGAGCUGCUGCUGCGUGACUACGGUCGAGCACGAGAGGAAGCGAGAACAGAGAUUGCCCGAGCACGAGAACGGCUUCGUGAGAGGACAGAGCAAGAGAAAAGGAGAUUACAGCAACAGGCUCUUGCACAGGCUGUGAAGGAUGACCUGAGACGCCACACACGUUUCAGCAACAGCACCUUGUGCACUGGUUCCAAUCUAAGUCUCUCCUCUGGACCUACAUCUGGCUACAACAGCAGCAAUGCAGCUGUACUGAAAGACAGUACCUCACCAUCAAUACAGAUCACUGGAGUCUCAGAGGUAGGAUUGAGAGUCAGGACUCGACCCCCCAUGAUCCCAUCUCAGAGCUUAAAGGCCCCGCGUGCAUGGCUAUCAGCUCAGGAUAUUCGCCUGGACACCUCCUCCUCUGGAUUUGAGCAUCUGUCCUCCUCCCCUCCGUCAUCUCCCCCUGCACGGCAGCGCACCUUUUCUUUCGGCUCACCCUCAUCUCUUUCUACAUCAUACCAAGACAUUGCAGACUGCACUCUUGCUAGUGCUAUAUCAGAGGUUCAGUUAGCCUCUGGUGGAGACCUGAAGAAUCUCCUGGCAGGGAAGGCUACAGCUGGCUGGAGGUAUCAGGGUAUGGAGCGAGGGGUCCAUACCUUCCAUAGGCCCUCCUCUAGACCCUCAGCUCAUGGGUUUCUGGGUGCAGUAGAGCUAGAGAGACCCUUGGCCAGUCUGUGGUGUUUGAUCCGAGACCACUCCAAAACGCAUCUCUAUAACGAGUCUCUCAAGUCUGCCUGGACGCGACCACUUGACGACAGCACACAACUAGUCUACCUGUUGACUGAUCCAUCCAACUGUGAGCUGAAACAGCCACGGGAUUUUUGUUGCCUGAGCACUGAGUCCAAACAGGAUGAUAUGUGGGUGUUGGCCAUACAGUCUGUGUUUGAGGAGUCUCUCCCUCGCCCCAGUGUGGACACAAUACGUGGAGAGAUGCUUCCCAGUGCCUGGAUCCUUCAGCCCAGUCGGCGACAAGGGCAGAAUGUGGUCAUAGUUAUCUAUCUGCUGCAGGUGGAUUUAGGCACUCCGUCCCUGCCUCAGAGGUUGCUGAGCACAGUGGCUAGAAAGCAGGCAGCUGUAAUUGCGGACCUCGAUUCCUUUUUCUCCUUCUCCUGACACUCUAGGUUCCUCAUAGCAGUGAGCACUUAUUCCGUAUGUCUUUGCUAAAAUUUGCACCUCGUUGUUUUUCCUUGACCUGUUUUUUUUUUUCACAGUGCACUGAUUGUAUGUUUGUCUGAAAUUAUUUGUGUUUUAUAUGUGUGCUUUUUUAGAGUUUUGUAUACUUUAUGGUGCUUCCUUAUACCAAAGUGUGUACAGGAGUUUUAAUGCUGAAGCAUCAUUUGCAUUUCUUCUAUUUGUUCUCAUACGUUACUUAUGAAACAUACUUGACAUAAAUAACUUUGUUAAUAGCUCUGCAAAUCAAAAUUAGGCAUAUUUGGAUCAGAUCAGUCCAGUAUUCUGUAGGUGCAUAGCAUUAUAGUGUUAUGAAGCUAGUUAAACGGAGCUUCCACAAUUAAGCUCAAAUAUGUGAAACUUGAAUUUAACAGAAAAGACGCCUGAGCGUGUCAGAAUGUAUAAUAUGCAGUACAGUGCUUCUGCAUGCACAAUGCAUGUCCACUGUAGUUUGAUAAAGUGAUUUAAUAUUAGGUAGAGCACACUUCUAGCCUAAAAGGACCAACUUCCUGCACUAAAGCUAUGAUAUGAUGCUGAGAAGGAUUCUCAUAAUAAGGACUUUUUAAUAAGGAGGAUUUUAAACAACACUUUUAAAAAAAUAAAAAAAGGUGCCACAAAUGGUUCUUUGUGUGAUGCCAUAGAAGAACCAUUUUCUUUCCUUAAAGGACCACGUUUGAAAAAGUGAGAUUUUUGGUGAAGCUAUUCAAUUUAAAUGUACAAAAAUGAUUCUCUGAAGAAUCAUCUACUAAACGUUUUUUAGGUAAUCAAAAGUGGUUUAUGACAUUGCACAACAGACCCUUUUUGGCACCUUCAUUUUUAAGAGUGCACUUUAAAUAGCAGUUGUCUAUUUAAUUACUUUUUCAGUAUUUCCUUUUUCCUUUUAAGAAAUACAAUGGUUUUUGUAAGCUUGUACUCCUUUGGGUAUCUGUAUCUUCAGUCUUUGCAGUGUUGAACACAAUUUCCAGGCAAUAGCCCUAAAGUUGCUUCAGGACAACUUUGUGCAUUUGAACAGUGCAACUUGCUCUGGGCCACGGUGUCAGAAAAAUGGCAAAAUGUAAAUGUCAGUGAGUAUGUAGAACAACUGAAAUAGAAUCAGCCCUUGGGAUGAAAAGAGUUUAUAUCAAAAACAAGACAGUUUGCUUUUGAAACAUCCAACUCUGCAUGUAUCUGACUUUAAAAAACGUGUGAGGGGCAGUCAAGCAAGGAUGUCUGUCUAGCAUAAUUGGUCAAAUCUGAUCAAUGGUGUCAUGGCAUAAAAUACACCCCCAAUCUCUGUCAUUAUUUGAUUCAUUAGGAGACAAUCAGUUCUAUUCAAAACAUGCAUGCUUUAAUUAAAAUGAAGGAGCUCAUUCACUUUCAUUGCUCAAGCAUAUUAAGGUAGUGCUGACUGGAAACUGCCUGCAAUAAUGGCAAUAUACACUAUAGCUAUGAACGCUUUAUAGAUAAGAUCAAGAAUGACUUUUUGUUUUUUUUCUGGAGUUGUUUUAUGCACUGUAGAAUGUGAGUAGUACAGCGGUUCUGUCUGGAGCCCAAGAUGAAGGACCUGAAGCAUUCUGUUUCCACUAAAACAGAAAGAAUAAUAGUUUUCUUGUAAUCUCUGUUAUCUGUUCCUUUGUUAGAUUUAUAUUAUUUUGCAAAAAGGCAACCUGACACAAUAAUUAUGAUAUCUAAUCUGUGUCACAUUUAAUGUAAAAUAAUAAUUAUUUUUUGUUGACUUUUCUUG